AGUAGUGAAGAGAUGUUGUCAUCAUAUUAUACCGUUCUUUUUGCAUUUGGGUUGACCCUGUAUGGGAGAGCAUUAUCACUAGAAUGUUCCAGUUGCUCUGGUGUCCAGGACAUGCAAGAAUGCAACACAACAAGAUCUUGCUCAGAUGGACAGGUUUGUUACAAAAAACGGGAAUAUACUGGAAAAGUCCAAUUUGAACUUGGAUGUGUUGAUAAACAACAUUGUGGUGAGUAUGCCAAAAUACCAAAUGGAACGAUGGGUAUAAGCAUGGAAGGUGGUCAGACACAUUACUGUUAUGAGUGCUGUUCGACUGAAAACUGUAACAGAAAUCUUUGUGAUAUUACACAUCAUUCGUCUUGUGUCGAUGAUGAAUUAUUUGAUUGUGCUCGAUUAAACUCUAUGUUCAGUAUCUGUAAGAAUAUUGAGAAAGCAAAGCAAAUCUGCCCAAAAUAUUGCAAAUUAUGUCAUGUGGUUGAUGGGAAUUGGUCUCCAUGGACGUCAUGGUCAGGGUGUGACGUAACUUGUGAAAAUGGAACCCGUUCACGUGUCCGUACAUGCACAAAUCCAGCGCCACAAUAUGGCGGUCUUAAUUGUUCUGGAGAUAGUAUUGCAUUGAAAACGUGUCAAAGGCAACUCUGUCCUGUUCAUGGAGGCUGGAGUGAAUGGUUAGACUGGAGUUCAUGUCCCGCAACCUGUGGAGUAGGGAUACAAUCUCGUACCAGGACUUGCACUAACCCUAUUCCAAUUCGUUUCGGGGACCAUUGUUUCGGACAGAGUUUUGAAGUCAGAUUGUGUUAUGCUGGAAAGUGUACAAAUGUAUGGUCAGACUGGCAACCUUGGAGUUCUUGUAGCCAAGACUGCCGUGGUGGUGUUCGGACACGAUCUAGGACAUGCUCGAAUCCAUCACUCUUCGUUUCAAAAGGAACUUGCCCUGGAAAUUCCACAGAAAUUGGUUCUUGUGGCCAUGCUAAAUGCAGUACGUAAUUAUGUGUGACAUAUUGAACAUCUUAAUUUAUAUAUUUGAUUUGUUUCAUAAAUUCAUCAUAAUUUUACUAUAUAAGUGUUCUAUUUAAUAGAUUGCCAAGAUCGAAAAUUUGCUGGAAGGGAUGAAAAUCAAUGUUAUAUACACUUAACAACUUAUACCACUUCAGUGCAUACUUUAUGAUUAAUACGCGUGAUUUUAAUAUAACUGAUGCCCAAGCUCAAAACAUGAUUAACGAAAGAUCUUUUGAUAUGUGUAACUAUAAAAAUGACUUACUUUCGGAAGUAAAAAUAUAAAAUUCGUUUAAUCUAGAAGCUCACUGGAUUGAUGUGGACAAGAGUGUUUUUCUUUGAUCCCGUUGUGAGCAAGGUCAAUCCAUCUUGAGUAGAAAUAGCGUUUAUCUUACUUACUUUCAGCUAUGAACAAAUUGAUGUAUCAAUAAACUAUUUUAACAUACCUUGUAGUCCAAAGAACCAUAAUGGUUCAUCAUUUAAUAUCUAUUUGUACACACGAGAUAUAGUCCGAAAGCGACAAUUCUAUUGGUACUGUUUUAUUUCAUAGUAAACUGGAGAAUAAAAAUAAUAUGUUCUAGAGUGAUUGUCUUAAAAGGUGUCUCAAAAGCUUUAUCUAAAUAAUAAUUUGAUAAUAAACUUUAUAUUGCAACACCAUAUUACUGAUUGUAUAACGUCACAUAACAGUAAUAUGACAACGUCACAUCACUAUUAACAUGACAACUCCUUUUUACGAAUUAAGUAACAAAGUCCUGUUACAGAUUGUUUAAAAACGCCUAUUACAAAUAAUAUAACAAACCUCAUUACAGAUCAUGUAACAACUCCCUGUUACAGAUUACAUAAGUCCCAUUACAGAAGAUAUAGCAACGCCUCAUCAAAAAUUACAUAACACCCUAUUAUAGAAUAGUGAACAACGCCCAUUACAGAUUGUGGAACAACACCCUAUUGCAGAUACUUAACAAAGCGCCUUUGCAGAUUAUACAACAACACCCUACCCUACUAAAGAUUGCAGAUCAACGCCCUGUACCAUACUAUAUUACCACAACCUUUAAUAGGGUAUAAAACACGUCAUAUUUAGGAUCAUAUAAGCACGCCCCAUUACCGAUCAUAUAACAAUGCCAUAUUAUAUAUUAUUAAACGAAGCCCUAUUACAGUAACGGACUGCUAUGAUGUACUCAACAACGAAAACAAUGCUGGUAGUGGGGUGUAUUGGGUAACAUUAUGGAAGUCCAAGCAAAGGAUACAAGUAUAUUGCGACAUGAAAACUGACAACGGCGGUUGGACGGUUUUCCAAUAUCGCUUUAAUGGGUGUGUUGAUUUCUACAGAAAUUUUACGGAAUAUGAGAAAGGGUUCGGAAAUUUGGAAACAGAGUUUUGGCUAGGUCUUAAAAGUGUCCAGGAAAUGGCAUCUCAAGGUAAAACAGAAUUAAGACUGGAUCUAACGGCAGCUGAUGGCACUACUGCUUACGAAACAUUCCAGAACUUCUACCUUGAUAAG